GUCAACACAACAGACCAGUUCUGGCAUUGGGCGCAGAAUGUGAGCAUACAGGAACUUCGCGCUCAGCGAUGGUACAAUGGCGAUCCUCCGUAUGGUCUCAGAGGCUUCCUAGACGACCGAGCAAAUAGAAUUCUUGGUUAUGGAAUAAUACGGCAGAUAAGAAGUGACCCCCGGAGGUGCAAAGUUCCCAUCGCCAUGAGGAAUAUUAUACAUAACUGUUCGGGAAGUCGAUUGGAUGAGAUAGAAGACACAAGAAAUUUUUGUGACGGUUGGUCAGCAGAAGAAAUUGUUCAUGGUUCUUGUGUCCAUGAUGAGUUCCGUUACAAAACAGCUGCAGAGCUUCAGACAUAUUCCACUCAAGGCAUUCUUGGUACUUACAGCGGUGGUGGCUAUGUAAUUAGUCUGAAUUCCAUCGAAGCAGAAGACAAACAGAAGUUGAAAACUAUGCCAACGAUGGGAUGGAUUGAUAAAUACACUCGUGCAGUCUUGGUGGAGUUUUCCAUAUAUAAUGCAAAUGUGAAUCUCUUUUCAACGUGCUCAAUUAUUGCAGAGUUUAAUGAAGGUGGGGGAGUGACCCCUUCUUGGAGAUUUGAGCCCGUCCAACUAAUACAGAAUCCAGGAAGUUUUGGAUAUAUUGAAAAUUUCUGUCAAAUGACUUUUGUGAUUGUCACAGUCAUCCUUACAGUAUGGGAACUUUGGAAGAUUAAGAAAUUGAAAUGGGAUUAUUUGUCCUCAUACUGGAACAUGGCGGAAAUCUGCAUUAUUUUAACAUCCUAUGCUACAAUCUAUGUUUUCGUUGAACGAUAUUUCUUGACGAAAGCUGCUAUGGAAAUAUUCAACAACUCAUACGGAGAUGGUUACGUGAGGCUUGACUCGGCUGUUUACAAAGACAAAUUAUAUCUCCACUUGAUCGCUAUCAUAGUAUUCUUCUCCACAAUGAAACUGAUCAAAUUGCUGCAGUUCAAUAAGAGGAUAGAUGUGCUGGCGCUCACAGUACGGCGGUGCUGGGAUGAACUCAUUGUUUCCUUCAUAGCAUUUUGCAUUGUUUUCAUUGCUUUCAAUAGUGUGUUUCAUUUUACCCUUAUGACAGAACUACUACACUUCUCCAGUUUUCUAUCUUCUGCCACAGAGAGCUUCGAAAUUCUAUUGGGUGUAUUUAAUUUUGAUUCAAUGUACCAUGCCAGUGCUCUUUCCCCAGUCUUUUUUUUCGCAUUCUGCAUCGUCAACACCGUGAUACUCAUCAACAUCAUGCUCACCACCAUCAUGGUGGCCUUCACUGACGCCAAGCUCGAGCUACGACAUCGGAAAAAUAAGUAUGACGUCAUCGACUUUGUAUGGACGCAAGUCCGCCAGAUUUUGAGGCUUGAAGCAGAGCCAGACAACAGUGUGGCGCCAAAUGUAGAGGAUGUGUCGCAGGCGAGAGGUGGUCCAGACGACACCAGCACCGAUCAACUCCCAGAUAAG